AUGAGCGUCUAUGUAUCUUUUGAAGAGCAAAGGAAGCAAGAUGCUUCAUUCACAAUUCAAUCGAUGGGUAUCCAGCUUGGGAUCAAUGUUGGUACAGCCAUUAUAGUCAUGAUUGGCUUUAGUUUAUUAAGACCUCGAAAUACACUUGUUUAUGCGCCCAAAGCAAAAUUCUCAUCCAAACAACACCAGCCACCAACCAUUCAAUCCACUGGAUGGUUAUCUUGGCUAAAUCCCGUCAUACGAGUAUCAGACGACACAUUGCUUCAACAAAUUGGUUGUGAUGCUUUACUUUAUAUACGUUUUGUUCGACUCUUAAGAAAAUUACUCUUGUUGAUGACCAUUCUGGGUGUUUGUGCCUUGAUUCCCAUCAAUAUUGUAGCCACUAAAAACACAGGUAUUGAGAUGCUAUCUAUUUCAGGCAUCAAUUUAAUCAAUGGCAAGUUACGCGAUGAUCCAGACACAAAUUGGUACUGGUCUCCGUUUGUAGCUACCUAUGUGUUUUCAGGCUUAAUUGGGUAUUUCAUGUACCGUGCCUCUUGCGAUUACAUUGAGAUGCGACAGUAUUAUUUACGCUUACCAGAGAAUGAGACGUCCAUGAAAUCACUGAUGGUCAGUCGCAUUCCCGAGCCUAUGCGAGCAGACCAGAAAUUAAAAGAGUGGAUUGAAUCAACAAAGGCUGUUCCACAUCCUAUUCAAGAUACAAUGAUUGGGCAUCAUAGUUCAACAUUGACAGAUCUGUUUGAGAAACAUAAAGUAGCUGUGGAACAAUUGGAAGGCACAUUGGCUUCUUAUCUCAGUGACACAGACAACAAGAAAAGACCCUUAGUGCGUGUGGGUGGCUUCUUAUGCUUUGGCGGACAAAAAGUGGAUGCUAUUGAUUAUUAUACAAAGCAAGUUGCAGAUAUAGACAAACACAUCAAAGAAAUACGACACAGUGAAAAGACAAAAACUUCGCAUUAUGGUUGGAUAUCUUUUGAGCGUAUUGAAUGGGCUCAUUCCACACAACGCUCUUUGGCUAAACACCUCAGGAUCCGUCUUUCGCCUACGCCUGACGAUUUGAUCUGGUCUAAUUUACCCCUAGACAAAAAGACACAAUGUGCUAAACGAUGGAUAGGCCAUAUUAUUUAUUGGGUGUUUGUGUUUGCUUGGAUGAUCCCUAUGUCUGCAUUGUCUGCUACUUCCAAUGUCAUUAACCUGAUCCGUUUGAUCCCCAAUUCAGCUACAUUUAUUGAUCAACACCAAGUGAUUAUGGGCCUGAUACAAUCUUAUUUCUCACCUAUUGUGAUGGCGCUCUUCUUUUAUCUCUUGCCUCUCUUUUUCCGCUUCUUAUCACAACAGCAGGGCUAUUGGACACAAACCACACUGGAUCGCAAAGUGCUUACGAAACUCUACGUGUUUUUCAUCAUCAAUAACUUACUGGUGUUCACAUUGACUUCCAUGUUUGUCGGUAUUUAUGGCCAAAUCAAGGCUUUAAUCGAAUCCGGUUCGUUGCCUUCAGACGAAAGCAUCACAAGUUACAUUAUGCAGAUUGCCAAAAACAUUGCCGAAGUCUCUACUUUUUGGAUCAAUUUUGUGUGUCUUAAAUCGCUCGGUUUGACCAUCAAUUUAGCCAUGUUGGUGCCUUUACUGACCAUCACGAUCCGCAAGUUCUUCACACGACCGAGUCCUCGCAAGUUGCGUGAGAUGGCUAAACCGCCUGAAUUUGAUUUUCCUCAAAGCUACAAUAUCCUCUUGUUCUUCUUCACGAUCGCGUUGGUCUAUUCUGUCAUGUCGCCCUUGAUCUUACCGUUUGCGUUGGUGUAUUUUACCGUAGCUAGCGUGGUCUAUAAGUACAUGUUGAUGUAUAUCUAUGUCACCAAGAUAGAGAGUGGUGGUAAGAUGUGGCCCGUGUUGUUCCAGACCGUCAUGACCUCUUGCAUCUUUUUUCAGGUCACGAUGAUCGUUGUGUUGGCAUUGAAGGGUGGGUCUGCGCAAGCGUAUGGGUUGAUCCCGUUACCUGUGUUGACAUGGGCCUAUCAGUAUCUGUAUUAUCGCCGCAUGCAUACCUUGGGUACGUAUGUACGUGGCACUGUUGCCAGCCAUGCAAGUCUAGACGAGUCGUUUAUGGGAGACCAGGACCACUACAAAGAGAAAAAGCAAGACCUGAAACACCAGUUCAGAGAUCCUGCUUAUCACGGCAAGUUGACUACACCUACAGUGCAUGAUGAUGUGAAGCAUUUGUUACAAAAAGUGUAUCAUCAUCGU